GGGACGGUGGGUUGCAGGGGCAAGGGGCACGGGAGGGAGGAUGUGGGGGGCAGCAGCAACAGGUGGCCCAGGAGGGAGGAUGUGGGGGGCAGCAGCAACAGGUGGCAAGUGGCAUGAGUGUCAGUGAGGGGGGCUUGGAGGCUGCUGACGGGGCCCAUGACAGGUCUGAGGUGGAGACUGGUGGUGGUGUGUUGCGUGGGGGUCCAAUAGCUGUCAAGGAAGAAGAGGCAGCCCAGUCUGUAUCAACUUCAAGAGGGUCUAACCGUUCAGGGGGGGGGCCUAUAAAUGGAGUGGUUGACCUUGUGUCCAGCAGUGUGUCUGGUGGGGAUGGGGUUCCAAGUGAAUCAUCAGAGGGCACUAGUGGGAACAGUUCAGGGGAGGGGCCUAAGGAUGAAGUGAUUGACCUUGUGUCCAGCAGUGUAUCUGGUGAGGAUGGGGUUCAAAGUGAAUCAUCAGAGGGCAGGGGUGGGAACAGUGGGGAGGAAUCGGAAAUUCCGUCGUAUAUGAUUGAGACAUGUAUUAUUGAUGGUGGAAGAAUUCAAUGGGAGGAAGAGAAUGGGGAGGAAGUGCCCCCACCAGAGAGGAUUGGAGAGGAUGGGUUUUUGUACCAGGACCUGCCGGGUGGCAUGGUAGUGCGGGCAAUAGCUUGCUACAAGGAGAAAGAUGGAGAAAUCAGGUAUAUAUGGAAGUUGAUGGAUAGGGAAAAAUGGUGGCCUAAGUGAUGCCCCAUGUUUACCCAUCCAGUUGCCACCAUGGCAAUGACUGUACUGCCACAACUGCUCAGGAGAGUGUGAUAUUUUGGUAUGGAGUUGGACUCAGGAGAUACUUGUUCAAGGUCUUGAGUUCUGCUUGAGUUGUGAUAAGGGCUUUUGAGGUGGUCAGACAUGGCAGACGAACUUAAAAGCCAUGUGUGUAACUGUUCAUUAUCUAAAA